AUGCUGUCGACGGCGUCGAAUACCAAGAAGAACACGGCGGGUCCGGCGGGUCCACCCGUCUCCACCGCAAAAAGAUCACCUUCUAUCUUGGUCACGGAUGUUCGAAAAAACCAGAUAAGGGCUCCAUUUGCAGGGCACAAGCUGGAACAACUGAAGAAAAAGAAAGAGAAGUCAAGCGAGCGGGUGUCAAACCUGGUGCAGAGCAUGAGGAGGUCGUCGAACUCGAAGUACUCUAACAUUUCUGUGUCGAAUUUGACAUCCAACAUCGGUGAUAUUCCCUCUUCGAGACAAAGAGAGGCACCUAGGCUCGUUCCAUCGAAAUUGUUUGAUUCGAACAAUUUCUAUCAAAGAAUUCCACAGUAUGUGAAGAACUUACCAAGCAGAACGUCGAAAAUCACGCAGAAGUUGGUUUUGAUUCCCGAAAACGGAUCUGUGAGCUCGGAGGAUUCUAGGGAAAAGUCGACUACAGAGAACAUAUUCCAAGAGGUGUGCAAUAGAACUAAAGCAGAGAAGCUCACAAAAGAACAAAGAGAACACGAAUAUCCGCGUGUCACCGCGUACUUGAUUGCAGAAGGUUUCAACUUGAAGCUGACCUCCAAGUUUUUAGCCAAGUACCACAUGGUCCUGCCCCGUCUUUAUGAUGAAGUAUUGUACAUACCAUACUCUCUACCUCUACUUCCUGGUGAGAAUGGGUAUAGAGUCCAGUCGAAUAACUCUUUGAAGAUGCAACGAGGUAUCAAAUUGAUGGAGCAUUUUAUUAACAAAUCUGAAGAAAGAGAUCAUCAUUAUGAGUUUUAUUCCGGUGCCGAUAAUGAGAAUAACAUAACUAGUGUCGAAAGCGGUAAUACAAUAACAAAUUCACCUAACACAAACAGCGACUUCGAUCCAUCCGAACCCCAAUAUUUUGUCAGUUCUAGUCCAACAGAAAGUGUCAUUGAGCGUGAAAUACGAGAUAGUAUAGACGAAGACCGCUCGAAUUCGACGGAAUCUACACAAUCUUCGGAUACUUCCAUGCGAGCAGAAUUGAACACCAAACAUCAGCAAAGCACUGACGAAAGGAAGCUGUUUUCCAAUUUAAGCAAGCACGCAGAAAUGUUUAUUCUUGACUACGGGGUGGUUGUCUUCUGGAACUUUAGUGAGAUACACGAAAAAAACAUUCUUGCAGAUUUGGUAUUUGCCAAGAUACAACCGGAGGAGGAGGAGUUGUCUUUGAUAGUCAAACCUGUUCCCGAGCAUGACAUCGAAACAGAGGAGUUUCAUUUUGAGUACAACAGAGAUGUUCCAACCCCCCGCAUCUAUAAUGAUAUGAUCACGUUGAAGUCGGGAGAUCAUUUGAUCAAACUUACAAUGUCUCAUGCUAUCGCACAAUCAACAAAACUAUCACUCUUUGAAGAUAAAAUGUCCACUAUUUUGAAUUCUAUCUCAAAACUUCCAAAAGCCUUGGCAAUGACAGGUAGACUGCAGAACUAUACGACCAAACGGUUGUUGACCAAAACGGGACGAUUGUUCCAGUUACGAAGUGAGGUCAACCUAUUGUCCAAUGUCCUUGAUACGCCUGAAUAUUUUUGGUCUAUUGAGCCAGGGUUACAUCCAUUAUAUACAGCCGUGCGUGACUAUUUGGAAAUCGAACAAAGGGUGGAGGUCAUAAAUGAUCGAUGUAAGGUGUUCCUUGAUUUUUUCGACAUCUUAUCUGAUUCUUUGGCUGAACGUAAAAUGACCAAAAUCACCAAGAUGUUGAUUGUUGCAAUAGGUAUAAGUGUCAUUGUCUCUAUGGUGGAGAUAUUUGUUCGGUACUUAAUCAUCACGAAAUUCACAGGUGUAUAA